AUGUUCCCCGCACGUGCCCUCGCCUUGAGGUCUGUCAAGAAUGCGCCGCACAAUUGGCACUCGCAGCGACUCUUCUCAACGUCGCUGCGACGAGAUGCCACCUGGGGCUUCAUUGGGCUUGGUCGAAUGGGCUAUCCCAUGGCACGAAAUCUACGCGCCAACAUUCCUGCUUCAGAUACCCUCGUUGUGCAUGAUGUCAACGAACAGGCUGUGCGCAAAUUUGCCGACGAGGCCAAGACGGCAAGCCUCGGUCCUAUUGAGGUCGCUGACAGUGCUAGGGCAUUGGCUGAGAAAUCGACGAACAUCAUUACUAGCCUUCCUCAACCGGUUCACGUGAAACAUGUCUUCCACUCCAUUCUCAAACCUGGACCCCUGCCGCAACUCGAACAAGAGCGACUCUUCAUUGACACGUCCACCAUUGACCCUGUCACCUCGAAGGAAGUCGCGUAUGCCGUGCAAGCACCGAACCAAGGGCGAUUUGUCGACGCGCCCGUGUCUGGUGGCGUGGUUGCCGCCGAGGCAGGCACUCUAUCAUUUAUGUUCGGCGCUUCAUCCAGGACCGGUGCUCUAGUGGAACGCGUCAAAUUCAUUCUGGCUCACAUGGGCAAGAACACCUGGCAUCUGGGCGAACAGGGCGCAGGAGUCAGCGGCAAAUUGGCUAAUAACUACAUUCUUGCCAUCAACAACAUCGCCGUAGCUGAGGCCAUGAACCUCGGUGUUCGAUGGGGUCUGGAUCCCAAGGUCCUGGCCGACAUGAUCAAUUCCUCGACUGGCCGCUGCUGGCCGAGCGAGGUUAAUAACCCUGUGCCCGGCGUGAAAGAGAAGGCCCCAGCCAGCCGUGAUUAUGAAGGUGGAUUCGGGAUUAGCCUGAUGCGCAAGGAUCUGAAGCUCGCCAUUGAUGCCGCACAAGAGACAGGGGCACCCCUGGAACUAGCUGCCACGGCGCGCGGUCUUCGUUUACAAGUAUUUGAGCGAUAUUUCUCGCCGAUAGGGGCGGCCUUAUUCCCUUAUUCUUCUGUUCAGGAGAUUUCUCUCUUUUCUUUUUGGCAUUUUCUCGUCCCGGUGGAGCCAGCUGCUGCGGAACGUCAUUGCGCCCGUUUGUUCAAUCUCUCAGUCCAGUACAGCAUUUCCUCCAUCCUGAAGCAACCCCCGCUGGUCAGCUGGAAAACCGGAAAACUCAAGAACCUCGCUCAUUACGCUGGAAUACUGCGCAGAAUCUUCCGCGGCCCUCGACCUGCUGCCUGCAGCUUUGCACAACCUCAAGCCAUGGCCUACGUCGUCCCAAUCCAUCGUCCCAGCAGCGUGCGGCAUGCGCUGAAGCUCAACUUCCUCGAGCCGGAAGAAGAUUGUCUUGUGGUCGCCAAAGGAUCCCGCCUCGAAUUCUAUUCCAUAACCCCUGAUGGCCUCGCACUGGCUACAUCCCGUGCUCUUUAUACCAAAGUCUCUAUGCUAGCCCGGCUACCUACACCGGCUAAUUCAACUACAGAUCACCUUUUUGUUGGUACAGAUCAGAAUACUUAUUUUACGUUGAAAUGGGACAGUGAAAAGAAGAGAGUUCGCACUGAGCGGAGCUAUGUCGAUCUCGCAGACAAGGCUUCCCGUGCGUCCCAGAACGGAGAUCGCUGUUUAAUAGAUCCAAGUGGGAAAUACAUGACAUUGGAGAUAUUCGAGGGCAUGGUCACGGUGAUACCGAUUGUUCAAGCAUAUAAGAAACGGGGGAAGCCGCCAGCUCAGAGAACCACCCACUUCAGCAACCCCGACGAACCAGUCCCGCAAAUCGGUGAAUUGGGGGAGCCAAUGAUGACGCGGAUAGAUGAGUUGAUGGUUCGGUCGUCAGCUUUCCUGCAUGUUGAGAGUAGAGCAGCUCCUCGCUUGGCGCUUUUGCACGAGGACAAUCAACGGAAAGUGCAGUUGAAAAUUAGGGAGCUUCAUUUUGAAGCGCCCACUGAGCCGGUAUUCCAAGAGGCUGAGAAUUUUGCUCAAGAGCUAGAUCUUGGCGCUUCGCACUUGAUUCCUGUUCCCGCACCAUUAGGCGGUCUAUUGGUGCUCGGAGAGACUUGCAUCAAGUAUAUCGAUGAUGCCAAAAAUGAAACCAUUUCCUGGCCUCUCGAUGAAGCCACUAUCUUCGUUGCAUGGGAGCAGGUAGAUGGUCAGCGAUGGCUUCUCGCGGAUGACUACGGUCGCCUGUUCUUCUUGAUGCUAGUUCUGGAUUCUCGAAACGAAGUCCAAAGCUGGAAAAUCGACUACCUUGGAGACGCAUCGAGAGCGUCUGUUCUGAUUUACCUAGGCGCUGGAUUGACCUUUGUCGGUUCUCAUCAAGGCGACUCCCAAGUCAUUCGCAUUGGUGAUGGCUCUUUCGAGAUUAUCCAAACAAUAUCGAACAUCGCGCCUAUUCUAGAUUUCACCAUCAUGGAUCUUGGUACACGCGAAGGAGAAAACUACACCCAUGAGUUCUCGUCUGGCCAAGCUCGCAUCGUUACAGGUUCUGGUGCAUUUAAUGAUGGCACUUUGCGAAGUGUGCGAAGCGGUGUAGGCAUGGAAGAACUCGGCGUCUUGGGAGAGAUGGAGCACAUCACAGACAUGUGGGCUUUACAAACCUCAAGCAGGAGUGGCUUCUCGGACACCCUUGUGGUCACUUUUGUCAAUGAAACAAGAGUCUUCCGUUUCAGUCCGGACGGCGAAGUGGAGGAGUUGGAUGAGUUUCUCGGUCUGGAUCUGACAGAGAAUACCCUUCUCUCCGGUAACUUGCCUGGCAGUCGUGUCAUACAUGUUACAGAAAGCGGUGUAAGCAUAGCUGAUACAGACAGUGGCAUGGUUACGUCGAAAUGGUCACCCAAUGGUCUGGCAAUUACUUCAGCGUCAUGUAAUGAUCAGCGUCUUGUAGUGGUGGCUGGCGGACAAGUCCUGGCAGUUAUUGAUAUAACGGAUGACUUGAAGCUCGUCUCGCAGAAAGACUUUGGCAAGGACAAUCAAAUAUCUGGCGUGACCAUUCCGCCAUCAACAUCACAAACAUGCAUCGCUGCUUUCCCACAAAAAGCCCAGGUGGCUAUUCUAUCUUUACAAAAGCUUGAUGAGAUACACAGCCAAUCGCUCGGUGUUGCUAGCGAGGCUUUUCCACGGGCUGUGCUCCUGGCUGACAUCCUGGCUGAAAAUCCUCCGACAUUAUUUGUUUCUAUGGCAGAUGGAAGUGUCGUGACGUUCUCUUAUGAGUCCGGCAACCACACGCUUAGUGGCAUGAACAAAUUGAUUCUCGGAUCGGAACAGCCAACAUUUAAAAAGCUACCUCGAGACAACGGGCUUUUUAAUGUCUUUGCCACUUGCGAACAUCCGAGCUUGAUAUAUGGCUCUGAAGGUCGCAUUAUAUACUCUGCAGUGAACUCCGAGGGCGCAUCUCGUGUCUGCCAUUUGAAUACAGAGGCAUACCCAGAUGCGAUUGCGGUUGCAACGUCGACGGACCUGAAGAUAGCACUUGUUGACAAGGAGCGCACCACCCAAAUCCAGACACUACCAAUCGGAGCAACCGUCCGACGAGUAGCAUAUUCACCAACUGAAAAGGCAUUUGGAAUCGGAACGAUCAAGCGCAAAUUGCAGGAUGGCGCUGAAAUUGUGGAGAGUCAAUUCGUGCUUGCCGAUGAGAUCAUGUUCCGACAGUUGGAUUCUUUUGACUUGAAGCAAGACGAGUUGGUUGAAAGUGUUAUACGCGCUGAAAUAACCAUGGGUAAAGACGAGUCUGGUGAACCCAUAUAUAAAGAUAGGUUUAUUGUUGGCACAGCGUAUUUGGAUGACGAGGGAGAAGAGUCCAUUCGAGGACGUAUUAUGUUAUUUGAGGUUGACUCCAAUAGAAAACUGGCCUUGGUCACGGCACAUCCAGUGAAGGGGGCGUGUCGAGCGUUGGCUAUGAUGGGUGACCAGAUCGUUGCCGCCCUUGUUAAGACGGUCGUCAUCUUCAGGGUUGAGCAGCAACGUUUCGGAAGAGUUCAACUAGUGAAAUCUGCUGUCUACCGCACAUCGACAGCUCCUGUGGACAUUGCGGUAACCGGAAAAACUAUUGUCGUAGCCGAUUUGAUGAAGAGUAUCUCGAUAGUUGAAAGCGGGCAAAAUGAGCAAUUUAGAGAUGAGGCAAAGGAAGUGGCACGCCAUUAUGCGACUGUGUGGACAACAGCUGUAGCAGAUAUUGGCUCGAAUCAAUGGCUUGUCAGCGACGCCGAAGGGAACUUGAUUGUUCUACGGAGGAAUAUCGAUGUCAUCACAGAUGACCGACGCCGGUUAGAAGUGACAAGUGAGCUGCUUCUGGGUGAGAUGGUCAAUCGCAUUCGACCGGUGAACAUCCCACAAACAUCAACUGUUGCUGUGACGCCGAAGGCAUUCUUAGGAACGGUUGAGGGAUCGAUCUAUCUCUUCGCGCUGAUCAACUCAGAACAUCAGGAUUUCCUCAUGCGUCUCCAGACGGCCAUCGCUGCGUAUGUGGACUCACCUGGUCUAAUGCCUUUUAAUAAGUUCAGGGCUUUUCGUUCCACUGUGCGCGAAGCCGAAGAGCCAUUCAGAUUCGUCGAUGGCGAACUCAUUGAAAGAUUCCUAGACUGUGAAAGACCCAUUCAAGAAGAGAUCUUGGGUCUUGUUGGUGAUGGUAAUGGCGCAGACCUAGAGACGGUGCAAAAGAUGAUUGAAGCUUUGAGGAGGUUGCACUGA